CUGUCAAGGAGGAGACGGAAAUAGGAACAGGAGAGGAAACCGUUCAUCAGCCGGGCGGAAUACAAACGACAGUUCCAGCAGAGAGCCGCGUUGAGCCGCUGAGUUAACAGCAACCUCGUUUAACUUCGAACAUUAGGAGCUAACGUGUCGUUAGCUGCCUAGCUGCACUAGCAGCCGAUUAGCCUUUGCUAGAAGCCGAAGCAGCUAACGUAGCCCAGCUGUUGGCAGCCUGGCUGGGGAAGAGCUUCCAAGAUGAGGCUGAAAGUAGGAUUUAUUCUACGGAGUUUGCUUGUCAUUGGGACGUUUCUUGGCCUGGUGGUGCUCUGGUCCUCUCUGUCGCCCAGACCCAGCGACGAGAGCCCUUUUGGGAAAAAGGAGGACAUUUUACUGGGCAAAGGAGACCUCGCUGAUCAGUUCAAGCCUGUGGUGCCUUGGCCUCAUGUGGAAGGGGUGGAAGUCGACCUCAACUCCAUCAGACUCCAGCAUGGAAAGGUCGAUCAUCCCCAAGACUUCAACCAGCAGCCCAACCAGAAGCAGGUCAUCCAGCAGCAGUAUGUCACAUUUGGACCUCACAUUCACGCCUAUACCAGCCCCGUCCUGAAGAAAGGUGUCCUGGGAAACUUUGAGCCAAAGGAGCCUGAACCACCAGGGAUUCCCGGCGGUCCUGGAGAGGGAGCCAAGCCAUUUGUUCUGGGCCCAGAGUACAAAGAGUCCGUCCAGGCUUCCGUCAAAGAGUUUGGCUUCAACAUGGUAGCUAGUGAUAUGAUUUCACUGGAUAGAACGAUCAGUGACAUACGCCAUGAAGAGUGUAAGUACUGGCAUUAUGAUGACAGACUGAUGACAUCCAGUGUGGUGAUAGUCUUCCACAAUGAAGGCUGGUCGACGUUGAUGAGAACUGUCCACAGUGUCAUCAAAAGGACUCCUAGGAGGUACCUUGCCGAGAUUGUCAUGAUAGAUGACUUCAGCAACAAAGCCCAUCUGAAGGAGCGCUUGGAAGAGUACAUCAAGCAGUGGAACGGUCUUGUAAAACUCUUCAGAAAUGAGAAGAGAGAAGGACUGAUCCAGGCCAGGAGUAUUGGAGCCAAGAAGGCUACUAAAGGACAGGUGCUGAUCUACCUGGAUGCUCACUGUGAGGUUGGGGUCAACUGGUAUGCUCCGUUGGUUGCUCCUAUUUCAAAAGACAGGACAGUAUGCACAGUACCACUGAUAGACUAUAUAGAUGGUAAUGAGUACACUAUGGAGCCUCAGCAGGGUGGAGAUGAGGACGGCCUGGCUAGAGGAGCUUGGGAUUGGAGCCUGCUCUGGAAGAGGGUACCACUUAGCCAGAGAGAGAAGGCCAAGAGAAAACAUACCACCCAGCCUUACCGGUAUACGCACAAUGCAUCCGGCAUGUUAAAUCUUACCCCUGUUCUUUUGUGUUUCUGUUUCCCAUCCCUGAAUCCCACCUCUCCUAUUCUACACUGUGUCAUACUCUGUCUUGGUGUGCAACACCCCCACCCGUCUUUGUGUUUUCACUGGCACUGCUGUCUGUGUUCUCCCUUCAUGUGCUUCACCCCGACACCUCUUAUCCCCGUGUUUGUUGUGUGCAUGGCCCUCACCCACUAUGUCAGAACGGUCUGUACAGUGCCUCUGAUCGACUCCGUCAACGGCCAGACGUUCAACAUCGAUCCCCAGGGUGGAGGGGACAGCGAUGGUUUUGCUAGAGGAGCCUGGGAUUGGAGCAUGCUCUGGAAGAGAGUUCCUCUGGGAGACAGAGAAAAAAAACUCAGAAAAACUCACACUGAGCCAUAUAGGUCUCCAGCCAUGGCAGGAGGUCUCUUUGCUAUAGAGAGAGACUUCUUCUUUGAGCUGGGUCUGUAUGACCCAGGACUUCAGAUAUGGGGAGGAGAGAAUUUUGAAAUUUCAUACAAGAUUUGGCAGUGUGGUGGCCAACUACUCUUUGUACCAUGUUCUCGUGUCGGCCAUAUCUACAGACUUCAGGGAUGGCAAGGCAACCCUCCACCUGCACAUGUCGGAUCCUCACCCACUCUGAAGAACUACGUUCGUGUGGUGGAGGUAUGGUGGGAUGACUAUAAGGACUACUUCUAUGCUAGCCGUCCCGAAACUCUCACCCUGGCCUAUGGAGACAUAGGUGGUCUUAAACGCUUCAGGGAGGAGCAUCGAUGCAAAAGUUUCAAAUGGUUCAUGGAGGAAAUAGCAUAUGACAUUCCACUGCACUAUCCUCUUCCUCCUAAAAAUGUAGAGUGGGGCGAGAUCCGGGCCUUUGAGACAAGCUACUGUAUUGACAGUAUGGGACACACAAAUGGAGGGAACGUGGAAAUAGGCCCGUGCCACAGGAUGGGAGGCAACCAGUUGUUCCGUAUAAAUCAAGUCAACCAGCUGAUGCAGUACGACCAAUGCCUGACCAGAGGAAGCGAUAAUUCAGCCAUCAUCAUCACUCACUGUGAGCAGAACCAGCACACUGAGUGGAAGUACUUCAAGGAUCUCCAUCGGUUUACUCACGUGCCAACAGGAAAAUGUCUGGACCGCUCUGACCUGCUUCACAAAGUCUUCAUAUCAGACUGUGACAACAGUAAAACCACUCAAAGAUGGGAAAUGAACAACAUCGUGGCUGUGUGAUGGCGGGCGCACAGCCGGAUUCACAUGCACCAAGAAAUGCAUCCAUGCUCUAAGUUUACAGAAAAAAAAAAAAGUUUUGAAAUGAGCCAGGGUCAGUGCACCUCCAACACAACGGGGUAGUUUAAUCAUUGUAAUCAGCCAAAACAUGCCUUUUUCAAAUUCGGGUCAAUAUAGUCCUAGAUCCUGCAGACACUUAGACACUCCAGAUGGUAGAAGAACAGGUUCAUGUAGAGGCUGAAGGUCCUGGUCCUCAGAGUGGCCUGCUGGAUCAACACUAAACUGGAAACAUGGUGGGCUUUGUCUCUGUUCUCUAUGCUGGUUUUGUUUACAAGAUAUCUUUCUAUCUGUUUUUUUUUUUUUUUUUUUUUUUUGGGCUCUCAGGUCUUUUCUAAACCACUACAUGAAUUUAUGAAUUUACUACAUCGAUUCUAACUAUUAGGUAGUAAUGCUCUUAUUAGGUCUUUUCAAUCAACUGAUUAGCUCACCUACCAAAGAGUCCUUUUUCUUGAUGGAGGGUUCAAUUGCAUCAUCAUUGUGUCUAAGCAGGUUGGAGUGGUUGUACAUACACUGGCUGGUGGAAGGCUUCUGUCUGCGAGUCAGGUUUAAGUGACUUUCAGGCUGGAUUACAGAUGUUAUUGUUUUUUUUUAUUGGCUAUCAGAUGAAGAACACUCAGGUGAAGCAGAUGUGUUUAAAAAUUGAGAACUGACUAGAAAAAGGCGAGGAGAUCCACAUGUGUGAAAAUGGGGAAUCUUUGGAAGUGCUGGUUUAGUGAUACCAUGGUAAUGUUCACAAACAAAAAUAACAACCAUAGGCAUUCUUGUUCUUUCUGUUUUUAUAAAGAGCCAAUAGACCCGUAUCAUAAUUUCAGUGAUAUACAUCAACCUUCCUCUGAGGCCAAAGAAGACAACAGAUAGACGGUAUGUUGGUCCUGUGGACACGUGUUGAACAGGCUGAAAAGGACACUGAAAGAUUAAAUUGUAUUUGUUCUUUCUUUGUACUCAGGAGUCUGUUAAAAGCACCCCCGUAUAAAGAGCCACCUCUAGCUUGAAGCCAAUACAGUAAUCUGAAAGUGAGAAUUGAAUUGAUCACAUGGUAUCAAAAGCCUGACCAGGCCAUGUCCGAAAGCAUCCUUACUACAAUGUGCCUUCCAAUGCACAACAGCGCAGGUCAAAGUAACUUAUACACUUCGUUUCCAUUCGCCUUUUUCCAUUCAUUUUCAGAAACUUCUUCAGACACUGAGAUGCUUCAGAGGACUGUUGGACUGCCUGCCCUGUCACAGACUUGAGUAUUUCAGUCGCUGACCAGUUUACUGUGACUGUGAAUAACACUCUGUCUGAAAAUGAGGGGAAAAAAACCCCUGAGUUGUUGGGUUGGGGAAAGAAUGCCUAUGACAAAUAGAUAACCUAUGGUGGGGAAGACAACAAAUGAAACAAUGAAAAUGAGACUGCUGUUUUGUUUGUUUUUACAAGGGAAAGAAGGUUUGGUGUAUUGAUCAUAAUGUAUGCAAUGUUUUGUACAAUGUAAAUAGACUCAUUUCUAAAGAUGAUCAUGUGGCAUUUUCUGAAGGCCCUUGAAUGAUGUAAAUAUCUAACUUAUACCAGAGAUUUAUUAAUAUGAUUUGAACAUUGGGUGACUGAGGGAAUAAAAGACCAGAUUUUUACGACUA